CUAUACCAGUUAAUGCUUGUUAAUUCUUAACUUGUCCUUUGUCAAUCAACUUUGCAUCUUUACCCUGAGGACCCUUGCCUUGAUUGUACUCUCCAUUACAUCGUUCAAGCACCUGACCUUUAUGUGGUGGAGAAAUGGGGGUCGAUAGGCGUAAAGUGAAUUGAGGUUCUUUCAAUGUUUUUUCUGUUCUUCUUUCUCUAGGCUGCACUUACGUACUUACUUUGAAUACAAGUUCAUCCAUUGGAAGGCAACAUUACUUGCCGAAAAAAUAAAUUGUAGCUUGAAGUCAGAGCGUGUAUCUUCAAUAGUGGAGAUAAAUACUUCCAUCAAUCCAGCUCGAGUGAUAUACUGAGUGUUUUUCUUCCAGGAACAUGGAGAUACAAUCGUGAAUACCUUUGUUAACUGGAAUGAUGAGACUGGUUCAAUGCAGAAGAAAAGCUCAAGCUCUUUUCCAUCUCAAGUCUCUGAAGGACAAAUUGAAGAUCUCACCCCUGUUCGACAUAAUUUGGCUCCAGGAACCUGUCCUGCUCCAGUUGGUCCGCAAGCUCCUCCGGCAAAUGCGGGCUCCACUGCUGAAGGACAUAAUGGUGUUACUUUGGCAUUGCCAGUGCAGUCGCAAGUUGCCAAUUUUGGAAAUGCCUUGGAGUACUCAGUUGAUCACACUUUUCAUCCCGCUGGACAUCAGCCCAUAUCUACAGACGGUUCUGAAGUUCUAUUUUCUCCCGGAGAUAAGAGAAAUGCUAAUGUCGAACUGCCAAUACUGCCCCACGACAUCUAUCCACAAUGUGCCUUGCCUAGCCAAAUGAUCGGUUCUUCGAGCCAAUUGGUCGAUGGCAAUGUUCCCUUCUCUGAGCCACCCCACGCCACAAUACCAAGCUUCCAAUCUAGCAGUGCAUUUCCUCCUCUUGAAGGCGAUCGCGUGAUGGCAGGAAUCCAACCAACCGCUUCAGAUGAUGAUGAUUGGUGGGCUGAUAUCUUCACGACAGAUGAUACCCCACCAGAUGCUGACACGUUCUUUCAGACCCCACCAGAUGAUGCCGUGUAA